ACUUCCGGCACCAGCCUGAACCAUCUCGCCCUCCGCUCUUCCUCUGUUUCUUAAUACGUGACACAUGAAGCCCCUUUCUCACCGGGGAAGACACCCAUCUUCAGGAGUGGGAGGGGAGAAAGCCAGACAAGCUGAUACGAUCUCUUUUAACGAGCUGAGGAAGGAGAGGGUGACCUGGUUCACGUUCGUCCUGUUCGCCAGGAACUGUCAUUAGCAGUAAUUGUCCUGUUGCUGAGAGGGUCAGAGCCAGUAACCCCAGAGUGGUGUUACCAGGAGAAAUGGCAGACCCUGUCUGCUCCUGCAUCCCGCGCUCAGUUUUGCCUUGGUGGGGCAUGGCCCGAGAAUGAGCCAAACAGUCUCAUCAGACCAGAUCGAGCAGCUCCACCGGAGGUUUAAGCAGCUGAGCGGAGACCAGCCCACCAUCCGGAAGGAGAACUUCAACAAUGUCCCUGACCUGGAGCUCAACCCAAUCCGGUCCAAAAUCGUCCGUGCCUUCUUCGACAACAGGAACCUGCGCAAGGGAUCCAGCGGCCUGGCCGACGAGAUCAACUUCGAGGACUUUCUGACCAUCAUGUCCUACUUCCGGCCCAUCGACACCACCAUGGAUGAGGAGCAGGUGCAGCUGUGCCGGAAAGAGAAGCUGAGAUUUCUGUUCCACAUGUACGAUUCGGACAGCGACGGCCGCAUCACCCUGGAAGAGUAUCGAAAUCAGGUGGUAGAGGAGCUGCUGUCGGGGAACCCGCACAUCGAGAAGGAGUCUGCGCGCUCCAUCGCCGACGGCGCCAUGAUGGAGGCGGCCAGCGUCUGCGUGGGGCAGAUGGAGCCUGAUCAAGUGUACGAGGGGAUCACCUUCGAUGACUUCCUAAAGAUCUGGCAGGGCAUCGACAUCGAGACCAAGAUGCACGUCCGCUUCCUGAACAUGGAGACCAUCGCCCUGUGCCACUGACCGCCCGCCCCCACGGAGCGUCUGCACUGGGACCUGGGCUGCACUGGGGGGCCCGAUUGCUGCAGCCCUUAUUGUAAAUAGCCGACACGCCUUGCUCAUCUCGUUUUCCCGCAGGGUAUGGUGUGUGGGACUUUGCUGUUUUUAUCUCUAAUAAAAAAGGAAAAGGGUUUGGUAAUGA